GUCAUGCCUCCCGUUUGCGUUGCACAUUGUUUGGUGGUGUUAUGCUGUCAGCAUCAUGUGCCCCUGCGGGAUAUAACCAGUACAAGGUUUACAUGGCAUUUUGCAGGGUUACAUUGGUAAAGCUAAACAGGGUGCAGACAUUGAGAAGUUGGGUGAGAUUUUUUGAAGAACAUCUUGGUGGAACAUUGGAGAUCGGGUUAUUGGAAUACUUAGGAUGCCUCCUGAGAUUGGAAGUCUACCUCCAGCGAUGCCCCCCAGACAGUUCACUUUUGUCGUGCUCCUCUGCGGGUUCCUGGCAUUGUCUAUGAAUGUGGUGGCCCUGGUCAGCCCUUCCUGGGUGACAUCCAAGCACUUCUCUCUGUCUCUGUGGGAAAUCUGCAGCCAACAAACCAACGCAUGGCAUUGCAGAUCUGCACUGAGCACCGACUGGCAAGUGGCUUCUCUCAUCCUUGUGUUAUUUGCCACGCUCAUCUCUGGCCUGUGGUUCAUUGUGAGUGUUCUGUGGAUCUGCCAAGUGAAGCAGCCUCUGAAGUUCCGCAAUCUGUCAUUUCUACUCAUUAUAUCAGUUCUCUUGCAGAUAAGUGCUCUCCUGCUCUUCUCACUUCUCCUGGCAGCACCAUUACUCCCCCGCUCCUCCCAGUUUAGUUGGGGAUACGGACUUGGAUGGGGAUCUUGCAUCUUCAUGCUUGGAACAGUUGUGAUAAGUUGCUUGAGAACUGGCCUUGCCAUGGACUGACCCCCAUUGCUUCACACGCAACCUUGAAACGAGAUGGAAAAACGACAAAAUCGCAGGAAUCGCUGCCUGAAGACAUCUGUAGAAAAAGCUAAAAUGUGUGAACACUCAGCAGCUUUAUUAAAUACAAAAUGUCAGAUUUAUUUAUUUUCUUCCAGGAAAUAAGGCAGCUCAGAUUCAGCGAGUUCUAGGAGAUUAACAGCUGUGUGUAUUUCAUUUAGUGCAGAUAUGAAUUGUGGGCAUUUCUAAGGCCCCGUACACACGACCGAGUUUCUCGGCAGAAUUCAGCCAGAAACUCGA